AUGGCUGAUUUGUGCGAUUCAGUAACUGCUUUGGACUACCUCGAGUCACAGCUCGAACUCGAGAAAGAGGCUCGGGAGAUAAUGCCGUUCGAACCAGACACAUGUACAUACCCAAAGGUGCUUCGACAGCUGGUGUUCGCGUGUCUUACGUGUCUGGAACAUAAUAAUGGUAACGAGAUUGGAGUCUGUUACCUGUGUCUGAUUCAAUGCCACUCUACGCACGAGUUAGUGGAGCUAUUUAGUAAACGUAACUUUGUCUGUGACUGUGGUACUACACGCAUGGGAAAUGGCCUUGCAUGUUCUUUAAGGUACGGGAAACUGGAUACCAGUGUGCCAAGGGUGUCGCGAAUGAGGACAGGGUCUGGGCUGCAGCCAGAAUCCUUUCAUUUCCCUAAGGUAGACCUACCCAAGGCUGAAGAUAUUCCAAGUCUGGAGAAUCUGUAUAACCAAAACUACAAAGGAUUGUUUUGCAGCUGCUCUACAAAGUAUGACCCGGAUGAUGAAAGUCGUACAAUGCAUCAAUGCUAUUUUGGAGAAGUGUGUGGAGAAGACUGGUAUCAUCAGGAUUGCAUUUUAGGUUUCCGAGUCGAUAAAAACGAAGACAAAGAUGAUAAUUCAGAACAAACUGUCCCUCAUUUUCCUGAACUAGACCUGUUUUCGGAGUUUAUUUGUUGGAAAUGUGUGGCAAUGUACUCUUCCGAGUUCAAAGAGUUAGCGAAAAGAAUUGACAUUGUUUCGCAUACGCGACCUCAUUAUCAUGGUAUGAGCUCGGCAGAUCAAUGGUUUCAUAAAUGGAAGAAUGUUCCUGAAGAAUCGGCUGCGAAGAGAAUCCGAUUGGAGGAGGGGAAAUCUAGCGAGAGACACCACGAGCAGUCGUCUCUAUUCUUGGCAGGCAAUUUCAAAUCCCACUUAAACGAUAUGUACAAUUCCCUACCUCAAGAUUCAUCCCUUCGCAAACUAUUACAUGCAAAUGCAUUUCUCUACGAAGAAGACCCUGUUUAUGAACCGGAAGAAGACUCAUCUGAAGCUACUGACGUAGGCACCUUGUUCGAACUAGGGUCGUCAGCUCUUCUGAGCUUACCAGCACCACAUGCCUUAGAAGGUUUACAAGCCUACGACACAAUGAAGCAGAAAUUGAGCAAUUUCUUCAAAGGCUUUGUUGAUCAAAACAAGGUGGUGACCGAAAAGGAAGUCAAGGAAUUCUUCGGAAAGAUGAAGAAAGAUAAUUAA